AUGGCACAGACUUUUACUCAUAAUUUACUUCAUCCUCGCCACUGGCUUACCUGGUCUGGUUUGGGUCUGCUGUGGCUUCUCGUUCAACUUCCUUACCCGGUUUUACAUAUUCUGGGCUCUGGCCUUGGAAAAAUAUCCAGACCCUUUCUGAAACGCCGGGAACGGAUUGCGAUUAGAAAUAUCGAACUGUGCUUUCCCGAGAUGACACCGUUUGCCCGGAGCCAGAUGGUCAAUAAAAACUUUGUUUCUCUCGGGCUGGGACUGAUGGAAACAGGAAUGGCCUGGUUCUGGAGCGAUGCGAGAGUCAAAAAAUGGUUUGAUGUCGAAGGGCUUGAAAACCUGACCGAGUCAUGGGGUUAUGCCAUCCUAUGA